GGGCAACGUUUCGCUUCGCCUCCUAUUACACAGACCACAUGGUGCUGCAGAAGGAGCCGGCGGGGGCCGUGGUGUGGGGCUACGGGGAGCCGGGGGCCGCCGUGACCCUGUCUCUCGCCAGAGACGGGGAUGUUGUCAUGAAGAAGGUGGCGCAAGUUAAAGAGCCCUCUGGGACAUGGAAAACCGUCCUGGAUCCUAUGGCUCAUGGCGGCCCUUACGCUCUGACGGCAGAGCAGCGCUCGGAGAACCUGACGCUGCAGGACAUCUACUUCGGGGACGUCUGGCUCUGCAGCGGGCAGAGUAACAUGGUGAUGACCGUUCUGCAGAUCGCCAAUGCCAGCCAGGAGCUCGCAGCCGCCUCUCGCUACCCCUAUGUCCGCGUAUUUGCCGCAGCUCCCGUGCGCUCUGAUGUGGAGCUGGAGGACCUUGCAUGGAUCGACCUGCCGUGGUCUGUCCCAACAGCUGGAAUCCUGGGCCACGGCAACUUCACUUAUUUCUCGGCCCUGUGCUGGCUCUUUGGGCGCUACCUCUACGAGGCGCUGCGGUACCCCGUGGGGCUGGUGGAGUCCGCCUGGAGCGGCACCCCCAUCGAGGCCUGGUCCUCGCCAAGGGCUCUGCAGGCGUGUGGCCUCCAGGAGGACACGGGGAGGCUCUCCCCUCGUGAGCAUCUCUCCGAGCCGCAGGUGUCUUCCGUGCUCUGGAACGCCAUGAUCCACCCCCUGCUCAACAUGACACUGCGAGGGAUCAUCUGGUACCAGGGCGAGACGAAUGCCUUCCUGCACACCGACCUGUACAACUGCACCUUCCCCGCGCUCAUCGCCGACUGGCGCCAGGCUUUCCAUGCUGGCUCCGCGGGGCAGACGGGGCCACUGCUGCCUUUUGGAUUCGUGCAGUUGGCCACGUACCGUCGGCAAAGCCCCGACGACAGCUUUGCCCGCCUCCGGUGGCACCAGACGGCCGACUUCGGCUUCGCGCCCAACCCCAGGAUGCCCGGCACCUUCAUGGCCGUGGCGAUGGACCUGGGCGACGAGCACUCUCCUUACGGCAGCAUCCACCCCCGGGACAAGCGGAAUGUGGCCCACCGGCUGCACCUGGGGGCCAGGGCCGUGGCGUAUGGGGAGAAAGGCCUGGUUUUCCAGGGGCCUUACCCCACGCGGGCCACUGUGGAUGUAGCUAGGGGCCUGAUCAACGUCACCUACAACCAGGAGCUCCUGUGGCGCCAGAGGGGCGAGCGUGCGUUUGAGGUCUGCUGCUCCAGGCUGGGCUACUCCCACACCUCCCCUCCAUCCCCAUUCCUCCUGUAA